AUUAUUGUCCACUGAAUUUCUACUGAACAAAAACGAAAUUGAUCGAAAAAUUUUAGUUCAAAUGAAAGAUUAUAAUUUUUUAGAAUUCAAGUCUAACUUAAAAAUAUAAAUAAUUUUCAAUCUACGCAAUGAAAAAGAAAAAACCGUUUCUUGCCAUCCACAUGGAAUUGAUGGAAGGAACAAAAUCCAAGAUUUCUCAAAGUGAAAAUAGUUACGAAAUAACGAAAUAUCUCUAAAAAAAAAAUUUUCUCACGUUUGUCACACUGAUGCGUACUCCGCGCCUCUCGUGUUGGAUUCAAGGAACGAGCGUCCGACGACGCGAAAACACCAAAAUCAAAAUUGCGUCGCGCUCAUAUUUUUAUAUCGGAUCAAAUCAUUCGUUUAUCGCGACAUCAACGAAACGGAAAUUUGCAAUAUUUUUUUAUGAAGAUGCUCAGUGAUUGUGAGCUUUUUGUUCAGCUAUGUGAAAAUUGUAAUAUUCCGGCGCCACCGGAAGUUCUCGAAAAGAUUAAAAUCGGCAGCACAACAGGUGAGCUGAAAUUGUCGUCAAUGUCAAUAGUGGUUCCAAUAUGUGGAAUACUGGCAAGAGUGCUGGCCUCGAGUUCAACAAUAAGAAAAGUAGAUUUAGGAGAUUGCAUGUUAUUGUCGAAAGGGCUGAGUAGUAUAUUGGGGGCCUUGUGCGAAGGUUCGACUGUGACAUCAUUAAACUUGAAAGGCAACAAUGUAAAUGGGCCGAUGGUGGGGCUCUUAGGAAAAAUUUUUCUUCACAACAACACCCUGAAACAAUUGUCUUUGGAAUGGAACAGUUUGGGAAGCAAUCUCGAGGAAUUUGGAAAAUUUUGUGAAGGGCUUGGGAUGAAUCACAACAUCGAAGAAUUGGAUCUUCGAUACAAUCAAAUUUCUCCACAUUGUUCGGAGGCUCUGUCCAAAGCUUUGAGAAUGAAUAAAUCUCUAAAAAGUGUGGAUUUAGCUUGGAACACUUUGGGUCUUCGCGGCGGACAAUUUUUGCUGGAGGCAAUGCGAGAAAACCAUGGACUCACAAAGCUGAAUCUUCGAGGGAAUUGUAUUCCAGACGAAAUAAUUGUUGCUAUAGACGAAUUAUUGCACAAAAAUCAAGUCACCAGUCUCGUCUCACAGGCAACCAUGAAUGAGAGCUUUUCAAAACUUUCUCGAUUACACGAAGGGAAAGAAAGUUCAAGGAAAACUUUGUUGGAUGAUUCGGCAGGGGUCGAUUUGCUGAAACUUCCCUCGGCAACUCCUGAAGUACCGCAUGAGACUCAAGGGGUCCCUGAGACUUUUAUGCCAGCGACUAAAAUCCUGGAAAAUGAGAUUAAAGACGAAAGCUGUGACAAAAAAAUGAUGAUCGAAGCAGACAAGACCAUUGUAAAACUUAAUCAAAUGUUGCAGGAUCGGAGCGCAGCUAUCGAACUUUUGACUCAAGAAAUAAACACUCGAGCCAAGGACACAGAAGCUGCGAAGAGCCUCGUGGAACAGUUGGAAAACGAAAUCAAGCUAUUGAAGGAAGAAAGAGAGAGUUUCAACGUUGAAAAAUCACGAGAAAUAACUGAGUUGCGAGAAAUUCGCGAGAAAUCAGACGACCAUUGGCAAAAAGAAUACAAAAAAUUGGAGGAAAAUUUACGAGACAGUUUGGCACGAGAAAAAGAGCUGGAAGCUCGUGUCCAACGGUACGAACGUGAGGUCCGUAAAAUCACGACAGAGAUGACAUCGCUACGGGAGAAAACUAUUUCUCAGACGCGAUCGUAUGAGGAUCUUAUUGCAAAGAGUAGAAUCGAAUUGCACCGAGUAAAGAGGGAGAUGCGAGAACGAGAAAAUCGACACAAAAUUGAGCUAAGCGUUUUGAAGACGAGCCUGAAAGAAAAUACAGAAGGAUUGGAAGAUUGCCAAGCUCAAUUACAAAAAAGUCGCCUGGAACUUCGAGAAAAUAGCGAUAAAUUGUCCACUUAUAGAACAAAAAUCACUGAUCUGGAAAAACAGAACUCUCGACUUUUGAGAAUCGAGGAAUCUUACGAAAAGCUUAAGGAUGAAAAAAAAAUAAUGGACGAAAAAUCUCACGAUUUUCAAAGAACCAUCGACACUCUCCAAAGACAAGUUGCCAAGUUACAGGGUGAAUUAAUCGAACCUAAUCGACGAUAUGAACUCAUUAAAGACGAGCUGGAACAAGAGAGAGAAAAAAAUGGUAGACUGAAACUCGAGCUGGCCGAAGAACGCUCUCGACACCAAGAACAAAACUCACAAAUACUCAUUCUCAACGCACAAAUAACUGCCCUGAAUAAUCAAAUCAACGAAAUACAGAAUAAUCAUAUUUCGGCGAUCAGAGAAUUGGAUAAGGAGCGAAAAAUGCUUAAAGAUGCUAUCAGUAACAAAGAACGCGAUUUCAAUGAUUUAAAGACAGAAGAAGUGCAAAGAGCAAGUCAACUAUACGCAGCAUUUAGCAAAUAUUAUUUGGGUUCGAUCGGUCCCAACGUGACGUUAUGACAACGUAUAAAUUGGUAGAGAAUUAUUUGGCCUGUAAAUUACCGCUGAUUUUGUAAAUAAUAUUUUAUACAACGAAA